UUCAACCAAUGGAGCGCCAUGGCGCUUGGAGACCUCUCGCAGACACAUUUGAUCUUCUACCUCAAGCAGCAGAAGUGAAAAACAUCCAAGGCACAUGUUGGCUCGUCGCAUCACACAGGCAGCUCUUCGCCAGAGCCCAGCGGUGUCACAACUCCCACGCCGCAGCCUGCUGAACCAGGUCACUCAACAACGUUCGUAUGUGGUGGAUCCCAAGCGCGACAACGGUGGCGACUUCACGCUCACGCGCAAUAAAUAUCAAUCUGUCCUCAAGGAGGAGUUCCCGCUCGAGUUGGGCGGCUCGCUGCCCGAAGUGACCAUCGAUUGGGAACAGUGGGGAGACUGCUCGCUGCCCGGCGACCGCACCAUCCUUGUACUGCCCUCCUUCUCGCACUCGAGUCACGCGGCCUCCAACCGUGAUGACCCUCGCCCCGGUUGGUGGGAGAACAUGAUUGGCCCCGGCAAAGCCAUUAACACCUCCUACUUCCGCGUUAUCUGCCCGUCCGUGCUGGGCAGUCCGUUCGGUGCCACUUCGCCACUGACGAUCAAUCCACUCACGGGCGAGAAAUACAAGGCCUCGUUCCCUCAACUCACACCCGCCGACAUGGCGCGCUGUCACGCCAAGAUCUUGGACGACCUGGGCAUCGACAGCGUUCACACCGUCAUUGGAGCCAGUAUGGGCGGCAUUCAAGCGCUUGAGUUCGCUGCCCAGUUCCCGGACCGUUUGGACCGUCUUGUCGGUCUUGCCUGCACCCACCAGACUACCCCCGGCACGGUCGCAUUCCGACGUGUACAGCGCCGCGCCAUCCUCGCCGAUCCACAGUACAAGGACGGAAACUACACACCCGGAGUGCCACUUGAAGGUAUGAAGGUAGCGCGUGAGCUGGGUAUGACGUGCUAUCGCUCGCGCGAGGAGUUUGACGCUCGCUUCGACUGGAAUCCCACUGGCCCCAUGCAUUUUAAGACAACCACCUUCGAGGUGGAGAGCUACAUGGACUACCAGGCCAAUAAGUUCGCUCGAUUGUACGACCCCAACUGCUACCUGCUGCUGUCUAAGGCCAUGGACCUGACCAACCUUGGCCGCAAUGCGCUCAAUCUGGCCGAGGGCACAAGCCGCAUCUCGGCAGACACGCUGAUCAUCGGCAUUAAGCAGGACUUGCUGAUCCCGAUCCAAGAACAGCGCAACCUGGUGAAUAUCUUGCAGUCGUAUGGCCACAACGCACAGCUAGUGGAGGUGGACUCCAAGUUCGGCCAUGACGCCAUGUUUAACGGCCAGAUGCAGCGCGACGUGUUCUCUCCGCUGGUACGCGAGUACAUUGAGGAGCAGCUCGCGAACAUCCUGCCGCACGAGCAGCAUCGCUACAGCAGUCUGUAAUUGUUAUUGUCGUGUUAGUGCUGCUGGUCGACGUCCGCAGCACACCUGAGCGCGCUAGCUGAAGUGUAUCGCGUGUGAAUGUAUAAAACAAAAAACGCUGUUAUCUACUACCUACUAAUCACUACAUUCGACUACCGAAAUUGUAUCUCAUUUUGAGAUCACUAUUUUUGGAUCACUUCAAGGUACUGUGUGGUCCACGUCAAC